AUGUUUCCCCAGACCGAGGCUAGGCCAGACGUCUCCUGGCUGCUCAACCCGGGCGUCUACAUUGCAGCACAAGGGUACAGUGACAAACGACAGCUGGAAGCUCCUAAGGUCUAUGUGCCUCCACCUGACCUCGAGUACCACGACGGGAAGCCCUCUUUCAAAGUCCGUGUUGUUCCGUUUACCCAAAUCUCCACACACUAUGGUAAUCCAGAUUUCCUGGCCGCGCUGGUCACCAGUCAUACGCUGGAUUUGACCCACUCGAUGCUCAUAUGGCAAUACGAGAUGCGCCGAAGUGCCCAGCACAUCCUCCCUUUCCUGCUGCUGGGCCCAAGCAGCGCUGCCAAGGACCCCAACUUCGUCAAGGAGGCAGGCAUCACCCUCCUUGUUGCAGUCCGCUCUACCAGAUCGUUGUUGGCGCGCCCGACAUUCCUCGAUCCGGCCAAAUUUCCUUCGAGCGCGGGAAGAGCCACCUUGACCUUGGACUUUGAUCAGCCAAACGAUUUCAUCCCACUCGUCAAGUCAAUUGUUCGAGCGAUAAAUGACCAUCUCGAGUCUUCAUGUGUCAGAACCCCCGCUCAAGACAUUAACGACGUCAGUGGUAAAGUCCUCGUCUUCUGCGAGUCCGGAAACGAUCGAUCCCCGUUACUGGUAGCGGCAUACUUGAUGAUUGUGUAUGGAGUCGAUGCGAUUGUCGCCAUUCACAUUAUCCAGUCGCAGCGCUUCUGUAUCAGUUUAUCGGACGAAUCGAAGAAUGUCCUUCUGGAUUUACAAGCCAUUACCCGAGCUGAACGUCAGGUUUCCGCUUUAAGUGCUGCCCCUUCCAACCAUGGCAGCAACGCUGUGUCUCAACCCAAAACCCUCGGCAAGCGAAGUUUGGAUGAUUUCUACGAUUCUGACGAAGACAUGGAAUGUGAUGCCGAGGAUAUGUGUGGUCCUCAUGUUCGAGAAGGCGUGGCCCCCUUUGUAGACGCCUUCGAUUGA